GGGCGGACCCCCUUCGCUUGCACCUGUCCCUGCCUUGGGGCUUGGCCAGCAAUCCUCUAGGCAGCAUCUUGGUUUGGCUUGGUUGGUUGGAAGGGAUGCACGCAUUGGCUGCUCCAGUCUGAGGGUAGAAAGCGGCACGGCGGCGAAAAGUAGCUGCCAUUCUCAUUCCUCCGUUUUCUCUCUGGCUUUCUCACUACUGUCGGUACUUCGUCAUAGCCUGUGCAGCCAGCUACUCCCAUUGCUCUCCGAAUCGAUCCCUGCGGCCGCUGCUUUCGUUCCCCACCCCACGGCUGCCAUGGUUUUCGUGGCAAUCAGCAGCGCCGCUGUUGAAACCGGCACCGUACCCCGUGACUGUUUUUCGGGUCCCUCAGGCCAGACCACUAGGAGCGUGGAGCCACGCUCGAAAGGCUCGAUUCACAGGAAUAGCAUCUCGCUGAAGAGCCAGUACUGGGGUUCUAGGACCGCGUUGAGGGCAAACGAUGGGUCCUUUUGCCGCUCCCCUGUUGUGCGAGCUGGAUCGAGGCAAAGCGGCGAUAUUCUUCGCUGGAGAUGUGAGGCAAGCACUGGAAGCACGAAGCCAGAAAUUGCGCAGAAAGAAGGCCAGGAGCAAGCCGCAGAGCCCGCAUCCAACGGCUCGGCAUACUCCGCUCCGGCCAAACCCAAACUGAUUGCAUACGACUACGGCUUUCAGUCCAAGUUCCUCCGCACGGGGCCCAAUGUCCCGUCCAACGUCUUCAAGCUCGCCUUGGAGAAUUUCGCCCGCGAGUACGCGGCCCUUCGCACCAACGUUCUGUACGAGCCACUCAGCGACGUGCGAACCGACAACAUCAAGAGAGACGGAAGGCAGCUCGUGCUGGCAUACGCCGGGCGCUUCCUCGUCUCCACGCUCAAGUUCUUCGACAAAGUGCUCACGCUCUACGACGGCCUUCCCGAGAUCAAGCCCCCUGUUGCUAUGCCAGAGGCGAGCCAGGAGCUGAGGCGUCGCCUGCAGCAGCUGACGCUGAGCAACGAGGCGGUGGCUCAGCGGGAGAAGGACCGGCCGCAGGUGGAGGCGCCUGGAUGGAUCCUACUGCCGUAUCAGCUGCUGUGCUGGAUGCUUGACGUCAUCUUCAACAACCGGCCCAUCCAACGGUUCUGGUUCCUCGAGACUGUUGCGCGCAUGCCGUACUUCUCCUACAUCUCCAUGCUCCAUCUCUACGAGACCCUUGGAUGGUGGAGGGUCGGAGCUGAGGUUCGGAAGGUGCACUUUGCGGAGGAGUGGAACGAGAUGAACCACCUCAGGAUCAUGGAGUCGCUGGGUGGAGACCGCCUCUGGGUGGACCGCUUUUUUGCGCAGCACGCUGCGGUGCUCUACUACUGGGUGCUCAACGCCAUGUUCCUCAUCUCGCCGCGCGUCGCGUACAACUUCUCGGAGCUCAUUGAGGCGCACGCGGUGGACACGUAUGGGGAGUUCGUGGAUGCGAAUGCGGAGCUGCUGAAAACGCUGCCGCCGUCACCAGCUGCCAUGGCUUACUACUGCAAUGACGAUCUCUACAUGUUCGACGAAUUUCAGACAUCAAGAGUCCCUGAAUCCCGGCGGCCCAAGAUUGAGAGCCUCUACGAUGUCUUCUGUGCUAUCAGGGACGAUGAGAUGGAGCAUGUGAAGACAAUGUCUGCCUGCCAGCAGCUUGACUCCGUUGUGCGAUCUCCUAAUCGCCCAGGCUACGCCCCUCUGCCCUCUCCCGCUGACGUGUACUUCGAAGGCCUGGUUGCCAAGCCUUCGUCCUCGGCAUCUGCUUCGCCAGCUGGCUCUGCAUCCCCCUCUGCAGCAGCGUCAGCGGCGUUCAGUGCAGCUGUCGGGGAAUCAAACUUGCCCAAGGAUGUUCUUCCUCAGGCGCUUCAAUCGAAAGGCGAUUCGCUCAAGUGAUUUUCAAUUUGGGCCCCUUUUUUGUUGGACAAUGCAGAUGCGGGUGUACAUGUACAUAGCCGGUUUUCUCAGGGUGUGCGUUUAUUGUCGCUUCUACCAGCGUGUCUAUAGUUAUGGUUUGAUUCGCUAUGAUGGUGUGCUGGGUGACUACGCUCCUGCCAUCCGUGGAAUUGCUGUCAUCUACGUACGCCAUGAAGAGGCAGAGGGUGUGGCACAUGUCUUAAAACAAGAAAGAAGAAGGCCGCCAUGGAAUGGCGUUCGAGGUAUAGCUAGGAAGAUUGACGAGAGAGAAGUGAGGGUUGAUUAGGAAGAGGGAGGGGUACAAGGAGGGGAUUGUACCCUCUACAGUAAGGUUCAGUAACAACUACCAAGCCUAUCAAUU